AAACUCACAUUUUAAGCAGCCUGAGCUCCGUCCCUCCUUUCCCCUGCAGAACAAACGCUAUAUUCAUGUGCUCCGGGCUGCAGUUACUGGAUGUCCCUGCAGGAACUCCUGCUUCAGAGCUGCUCUAACAAUGCCAUUCAUGCCACGGGGCGAGCACAGAGCCGGGAACACAACUAUGUGGAGAACAUGCAGUGUUUUCACCCUGUGGAGUCUACUGUUCCUGACCGUCAUCUGUGCGCAGUCUGAGCGGAGACCAAUCUUCACAUGCGGUGGAAACAUUACAGGAGAUUCUGGAGUAAUCGGCAGCCAGGGGUAUCCAGGAGUUUACCCUCCAAACACCAAGUGUGUGUGGAGGAUCACAGUGCCUGAGGGAAGGGUGGUGGUCCUGUCCUUUCGCUUCAUCGACCUGGAGAGUGACAACCUGUGCCGCUACGACUAUGUGGAUGUUUACAGCGGCCAUGUCAGCGGGCAGAGGCUCGGGCGCUUCUGUGGGACGUUCAAACCGGGAGCCCUGGUUUCCACUGGCAACAAGAUGCUCCUGCAGAUGGUAUCUGAUGCCAACACAGCGGGGAGUGGCUUCCUGGCUGUCUUCUCUGCUGCCCACCCACAUGAGAGAGGUGAGCAGUACUGUGGAGGCAGAUUGGACAAACCCACCGGGAGUUUCAAAACACCAAACUGGCCAGAGAAGGAUUACCCGGCAGGUGUCACCUGCGCCUGGCACAUAGUGGCACCAAAGAACCAGAUCAUUGAAGUCAAGUUUGAGAAGUUUGAUGUGGAGAGAGAUAACUACUGCCGCUACGACCACGUCUCCAUAUUCAACGGGGCGGAAAUCAACGACGCCAAGAGGAUUGGGAAAUACUGCGGAGACAGCCCCCCAGCGCCAGUUUUGUCAGACGGGAACCAGCUGCUCAUUCAGUUCCUGUCAGACCUCAGUCUAACCGCAGACGGCUUCAUUGGACACUACAAGUUCAGACCAAAGAAAUUCAUCACCACCACGAUACCACCCACCACUACCAUGCAGCCAGUCACCACCAGGCCCAUACCUCUGAAGUACUCUGCAGCUCUAUGCCAGCAGAAGUGCAAAAGACGAGGAACACUUGAGAGUAAUUACUGCUCCAGCAAUUUUGUGAUAACCGGGACUGUCAUUACUGCGGUGAUGAGAGGAGGAAGUAUGUACGCCACCGUCUCCAUCAUCAACGUGUACAAAGAAGGCAGUCUGGCCAUCCAGCAGGCGGGAAAGACCAUGAGCACCAAGAUCAUCAUCCUGUGCAAGAAGUGUCCGUUUAUCAGGAGAGGCUUGAACUACGUCUUCAUGGGCCAGGUGGACGAGGACGGCAAGGGGAAGAUCGCCCCGCAGCACUUUGUCAUGGCGUUCAAGACCAAGAACCAGAAAGCGCUCAACCUCCUGAAGACCAAGCGGUGCUGAGAUGCAGUAGCGCCGAGGAUCUCCGCUGCCUGAGGAUGGAAACCAUUAGGACAGAAAAUGAUUUCCAUCUUAACACUUAAAAAGUAUGUUUCAUUCAAAUAGGGGCAUUUUAGUUCUGGUUUUUGGCUGAGAGUUGCAUGAUUUCAGGAUAAACAGGAACACAUUAAGUACUUCCAAUCUGUCUUCUAUUAACUACACCAUUCAGUUCAUCUGUUUUACAAUUUGCAUUCGGCAACUAGAAGUUUCUGUUCCUUUCCACGGCCAAGUCUCACUUCUAGUCGCAUUCCUGUCAUACCCCUAGCAGGGGUUACAGCUAGUGAAAGGAGCUCAGAGUAGGAAUAGUUUAGCAGAUCACAUGUUUUACAAAUCAAAUCUCAAAAUGUCUGUUUCUACUUCUGGUCGGACGUCCUAUCCUACUUUCCAGUUUCCCCUUAAAGCUGUGGGGAGUAAUGUGAAUAGACAGUGGGAUUUAUAAUUGAGUAUGCAUCAAACAAAUAGUCUUUCACACGCCUGAUUUAUAUCCAUUCCUAGUUUCAAUCACACCUGCAGUCUGUGUUCAUCUGCAAUGGGCACCAGUAGGACGUUUUUCAAAGGGGCGAUGAAUAAAAAGUGCAAUAUUUAAUAUAUUAAAUGCUGGUUUGAUGUGCAACAAACAAGGACCUUCCUAGCUAAAGCUCUUUUUCUUUUAACGUGUUUACAGAAACAAAGCACCGCGAUCAGCGUUAGUGUUGAAAGGCAAAGUGUGGAAUGAAAUGAGAAAUAUUUUCAUAUGAAAACGUCUGUGAAUAUUAUUUAUAUUUUAUUGUUUUCAUCGUCCCAAAUAAAACUCCCUUUGACAUGU